CACGUUGCACCGACCGUCACACUGUCACACUGUCACACACGGCACGCACGGCUACGCGUUCAGUCAGUUUUGAUGGCGGGGACGUGGAGGGUGUGUGUCGCGGUGGCCACAGUGGUCUGUACUGUGCUUCCCUUGGGGGCGGCGGAGGUUCAGGACAAUAGCACAGUGGCCCCGCUGCCGCAGGUCACGGUGGGUUUCAAGGUGCUACCACAGAAUGUGACCGAGAGGAGUAAGGGACAGCCCAAGGGCGUAGCGGUGUUGAGUAUGGCAGAAAGAGGCACUGAAGGAAACAGGUCCUUGGUGUGGGGCAGGGGUGUGCCUCCCACGCCACCUGUCACUACCCAAGACGCCCCCCACCCCUUACCGCCCCCCGUGGUGACCGUGGCAAGUCGUCUCCUGUACUCCCCGGGCAAGAAGGAGGAAGAGAGAGAUGGUGGCUCCAGGAGUCCCUUCGUGGGUGACGUUCCCCUGCGUGAGAUCGAGUUUGACCCCGUGCCUCCAGGGGAUGUGUACCGCACGGACACCACGCACGCCCAGUCCACCAUGCUGGCCUGGGCGGGCGCCUUCGUCUCUCUCCUGCAGCCCGCCAGCAUUCCCCUCGACCUCCUUCGAGCAGCCCUGGAGCAACGAAUAUCCGGGGAGCAGCUGAUUAGGCAGUCCCUGAAGGCUGAACCGGGCUUCGUGGCGUGUAUAGGCGUAGGGUUGAGCCUGGCAAUCGGGGUGCCUGCUUUCGGGCUGUUCGUGUGCUGCUGCCGGCUGUGUGGACGGUGCGGCGGGAGCAAGACGCAGCAUCACCACACCUCCUGCUUCAACUGCCAAAGACGGACGCUGACUACCUUCCUUGCCACCAUCUCCUCCGCCGUGCUAUUGGGCGUGGUGGUGGCGGUGGUGAGCAACGAACGCCUGGGGUCCGCCGUGGAGGUGGCGCAGCGCAGCGUACACAACAACGUGCGGGACCUGGACACCUUCCUCGCCAACACUAAGAUGCAACUCCGCUUCCUCGUCACCAAUGCCUUUGAGCAGACCUCCGACGCCAUCUUCAACGACCUCGAUGACAUUGAGUACCUCCUAGGGCGACCACUGCAGAAGGAAUUGGCGGCUGAGGCCCAGAUUGAAGUGGCUCUGGAUUCCCUCCUUGACAUCAGCAGCAGUCUGCGUAACAUCGCCAGCCGCAUGAGGACCCUUGAGGAGUCCAGAUCACAGGCGGCAGCGCGGGCAGAGGAGCUUCGAGGUCGUCUGGCGGAGCUCUCAGCAGACAUACAGCGGUUCGUGGCGCGCUGCACUCCUGAGGACAUGGAGCUGUGUACCACGCUGGACACCCGCGGCUUGGACAUUGGCUCCCGGUUUGACAGCUUUUCCUUCUCGGAGCAGCUGCGUCUCCUAGCGGCGGUGGAGAAUCAAAAUCUAACGGAGACUGCCCGCCACGCACGCCUCGAGUUUGAGAACAUUCCUGCCUACGUGGAGACCAUGACGCGCAUGACCCGACAAGAGGCGAAGCGAGUAGUGAGGGACUACCGAGGACGCCUGUACGCCAAGAUUCGCGGCCUGGACGACGUGGCCUUUGAUCUGGAGGUGCGGACCAGGGACCUGACGUGGCGCUUCGACCGAGCAGCCGCCAUCCUGCAGGACCACGAGCCUUACCGCUGGUAUACGGGCCUGGCCAUCUCCAUCGCCCUGGGCUUCGUGUGGGUGCUAAUGACCAUCGGCGUGUGCUGCGGGAGCUCGGCCCACCACCACCACCAGUCCCCCACUGAACGAUCUUGCGUCUCCAACUCUGCAGGGCAAACACUGAUCUCGUCCGUCUUCUUUAUGUUCUUCGUGUCUGGAGUGCUGUGGAUAGUGGUGGUGGGGCUGUUCCUGGUGGGAGCACAUGCACACGCCUUCGUCUGCCACCCGCUGUACGAGGAGCCCCGGUUCCCUACCCUCACGCACCUUCUCGAUCGCUCAGGCAUGGUGUACGAGAAUGGGCCUCUGCUCACCAACCUCAUCCAUCCGGGCCGAGACGUGCAGCUCGAUGUGGGGAGUGUGCUGAGCAUGUGUAAGGAGGGCAAGACAGCGUACGAAGUGUUUCAGCUGCGGCACUACUUUGACCUGGAGGCGGAGGUGACGCGUCGCACGAAGCUGGACCUCACGGGUAGCCUUGGCAACCUCAAGAUUAACCUGUCCGAGGUGGAGCUGCUGUCUCCCGAGGCCGAGAUCCACCUCAGCCAGUUCCUCAACUCCAUCAAGAUCGACCUCAUGCCCUACAGGAAGGAGAUGGAAAAGCCGUUGGUCAACAAGAAUCUACCAGCGUUGGCGGAGAAGAUGCAGACAGUGGCGGGGCAGCUGCGGUCCGUGUCAGCCUCGGCCGAGCUGUUCAGGAUGGUGGCGCGACUACGCAACCUUAUCACCACCACGCUCUACCCGCUGGAGAAGAGAAAGGAGGACGUGACUUACCAGGUGGCGACGCUGGACAUGGAAGCAAUGCCUCUGCAGCGCCAAAUUAACCAGAGUGCCGGCCAUCUACGCACCAUUCAGUACUUCAUCCAUAACCACGGUUCCUCCCUGGCCGCGGCGAAAGCUCGAGGAUACGUGCAGAGGAUCCUGGCUUACACGCACCAGUUCUCUACCCAUGUGAGAAACUCUGCCUUGAAAACCGUGGCUCCCUGCACGCCCGUCUGGGAGCUCUUUGACUCAGCGCGAGGGGUGACCUGCAAAGGAAUCAUUGAGCCCUUGAACGCCCUCUGGUUGGCCACGAGUUGGUGCCUCUUGCUGUUCUUACCCGCCAUCUGCCUUGGGCUGGCCCUGGCACGCUUCUUCCUCCGCAUGGACUAUGACGACGAUACUUUACCGUUACACUCCAACGGGUCCCCUCCUGGCUCCAACACCAACCUGCAAGGAGGAUCGUGGAGCUACAGGGAGAAGGACCACCGGCAUGGGUAUAACGGCCACCACCAUCAGCACAACGGACACAAGCACUGGUGACGUGUCGGGCCCUGUGGAGCCUCCAGCGUCACGUGCCGCGUGUGACCAACACCUGAGUCCGUCUGUUACACUUCUCUUGAUACUGUCGCCGCCAACGAACUCCCAACAGACUGGUUUCUUUGAGCCGGAUCCUGUCGUAGUUGCUGAGUGUAGCCACUCUUAUCGCCUUUGUGUGGACACUCUUCACUUCAGAUCGGGUUGUUUUUCAGGAGCUCCUUUCUCAUGUGUGAUCGAAAGCCUCAAUCUUUCCGUCCGCGGUGAAGGAAGAGGCCACUGCCAGUAUAUCUAUUAGUUAUCAGUUUGUGGUACACGAUGGUGUCGCCUCAUGGGUCUCUCUCUCCUAGGGUUCUCACGAGGCAGUGAUGGCCGUGAACAAGCACGUUAGGGAAGGUAUGCUCGCCACACUGGAAUAUGUUAGAAGGUUUUAUACAAUCUUAUUACUACUAUACAUGAUCAUUAGAUAUUUCACUGUGUCCUCCACACACGAAGCGUUUACCACCGUCCGGUUGCUAUCGUCUGCAACCUCGGCAGUGCACACACAAGCAUUUUCCAACGCCCUACGGAGAAAACGCACGGCAGCGUGUGGCCGCCUGCACAGACUACCAUCUUGUCAUGACUGCCAUUGACCUUACUGCCGCGCAUUGGGAAACACUCCGUGUGUGCAGGAACUUUAGCUUUGUUUUAUAUCAGUAUGUUUUGGCUGUCUAAUUUUAGAAUAAUAAAUAUCUUAAUGUGAGUAAAAUCAGCAGUUUAUAUUAUUUUGUUUUAUUUUACUUAUUUAUUUUAUUCAUUUAUUUAUUUACUUUUUACCAAAGAUCGUAGACUGUUUGUUACCCGCUGUCCUACGCACCGUUCUUGGAGCAGAGGGCAACCAACCAACCUUGUCACAUUUGUCAGUCAAAAUAAAGAAUUGA